AGCACAUCGUCAGUAAACAACUUGGCUUAGUGUUAUCAACACAUAAUCUUUCUAUUCAUCACUCCUACGACCAUAGGAUCGGCCAUCCAAAAGCAUUUCCAUAAAAGGAUUAUAAAUUUUGUUCCUUCAUAAGUUUCCAAACCUUCGAACUUCAGUUUUUAAUUUCGUUUACAAUGAGAGCCUUUAUUUUGAUUUCCUGUUUGGCGUUUGUCUCAGCUAGACCAGAAGCUGGCUACGCUUAUAAUCGUCCUGGUGGUGGUGGUGGAAGUGGUGGAUUUGGCGGUGGUUCCGGUGGUGGUGGUGGUGGUGGCUUUGGCGGAGGAUCCGGUGGUGGCGGCUUUGGCGGAGGAUCCAGUGGUGGCGGUGGAUUCGGUGGAGGUGGAUUUGGCGGUAGUUCCGGUGGAGGAUUUAGUGGUGGUUCAGGUGGAGGCUUUGGUGGUGGAUCCGGAGGUGGAUCUGGCGGUGGAUUUGGUAGCGGAUUCGGAGGAGGAGCAGGAGGUGGUGGUGGUGGCGGAUUUGGAGGUGGAAGCAUUGGAGGAUUCGGUGGAGGCGGUUCGACAAUUGUUCAGAAACACAUUUAUGUUCAUGUUCCACCACCAGAGCAAGAAGAAAAUCGUCAACGUCCUAACAUUCCCGUUCCACAGUCUCAGAAGCACUACAAAAUCAUCUUCAUUAAGGCCCCAUCUCCUCCAUCUUAUCAAGCUCCAGUCAUUCCCGUCCAAGCUCAAAACGAAGAGAAGACCCUUGUGUACGUCUUGGUCAAAAAGCCCGAAGAACAACAAGAUAUUGUCAUCCCAACUGCUGCACCCACUCAGCCUUCAAAACCAGAAGUAUACUUCAUCAAAUACAAGACACAAAAGGACUCAUCCGGUGGUGGAUCCGGAGGUGGCGGUUACUCAUCUGGAGGUGAUGGUGGUUCUGGAAUCGGCAUUGGUGGAGGUUCAGGAAUCGGCAUUGGUGGAGGAUCAGGUAUUGGCAUUGGAGGAGGAUCCGGAGGUGGUGGAUCAACAGGAUUCGGAGGAGGUGAUAUUUCGGGACCAUCGACAUCAUAUGGUCCACCUGGAAAAUCUGGACCAUACUAAACUAAUAUGGUGCUUGGCUACAACUUUAGCUAGUCCUAUAACUCUAUAUCUUUAUCUGUUCCCUUUCUCAAAACUUUCUAUACUGAACAAAUUUUUUGUAUAUAAAAUCUUUCCUUUUGUCUGUGUGUAAAUGUUUAUAUAGUUUUAAGGGAUGCAGUGACAAAGUUGUGUUAAUUUAGUAAAUAUUUAAGUUAAGUUUUUUUUUGCAAUUAAAAGUACGGUGACAAAAUAUGAGAAAAACUACUGUCUUUUAUUUUUCUUAAAUUUGCCAGUGUUAUUUGAUCAAGCAAAUAUAAUUAAUUUUUGUAAUAGUUGUGUUAACCUCAUACUUGGUUGUCACUAAUUGUGUUAUAAGAUACGCUGUAAUUUCCUUGUACAAAAUGAGUUUCAAUAUCACAGUUUUAUUAGUGAAUACAAUUUUACUUUAAACUUGA